ACCGUCCAUCCAUCAGCUCAGCUCGGCUCAGACAGACAGACAGACAGAAACGGGGGGACCCUUUGAAUCAAGACAUUUCACGACCAUCCACCGUCACUGCUCAUCUCCUAAUCUCUUAUCCAUCUGCAGCUGCUGCUUGCUUCACUUUCUCACUCUCCUUCCUCUCAUUCAAUUACCACCUCACCUUCACCACCACGACUCUCACUAACCCCCCCCCUCCCCCACAGCAGCUCGUGCUUCAUCUCUUUUUCCUGUCCCAUACUCUUCCUUGCUGCACAUGCUUGGUCCGCGCUGCAAAGCGGCUUUGUUUAUUUCUUGAUUUACACCCCCGUUUGCUGCACCACUCGACUCGGACUUGGACUUGAAGAGCUCUCGACUUAGGUUGCUAGACUGUUCCACCUCGGAGCUGGCAAACGGGACGAAUCCGCGUCACUAUUUUCCUUCCCACGACACCCACACGACACAGACAGCAUCACGAUAGCUAGCAAUCAUGGUCGUCGAUCCGAACGCCGCCUCCAUCACGGUCGCAGUUCGAGUGCGACCAUUCACGAUCCGAGAAGCAGCACAACUAACUCGCAAUGAAGAAGGCACCGUCUUUCUGGGCGACGGCUCACUUGCUGCCGCACCACCCAAGCUCCAAAGGGGCGGUAUCAGGCCAGUCAUCAAGGUCGUCGACGACAGAUGCUUAGUCUUCGAUCCUCCCGAGGACAACCCCGUUCACAGAUUCGGAAGAUCUGUGGUUCCCAACGGCAAGAAGGUCAAGGAUCAGACCUUCAUGUUCGACAGAAUCUUCGACGACAAUGCUACACAGAACGACGUCUACGAAGGCACAACGAAGCAGCUCAUCGACAGCGUCCUCGACGGCUACAAUGCCACCGUCUUCGCCUACGGCGCAACCGGCUGCGGCAAAACACACACCAUUACCGGAACAUCACAACACCCCGGAAUCAUCUUUAUGACGAUGCAAGAACUCUUCGAAAAGAUCACAGAGCGAAGCCAAGAGAAGACCACCGAGAUCACGCUCUCUUACCUCGAGAUUUACAACGAGACCAUUCGCGACCUGUUGAUCCCCGGAGGCAGCAAGCAGGGAUUGAUGCUCCGUGAGGACUCGAACCAGGCCGUGUCCGUUGCUGGUCUGACAAGCCAUCACCCCAAGAACGUGCAAGAGGUCAUGGACAUGAUUGUGCAGGGUAAUGCUUGGCGUACAGUCUCCCCAACAGAAGCCAACGCCACCUCAUCUCGAUCGCACGCCGUUUUGCAAAUCAACGUCUCGCAGAAGGACCGCAAUGCCUCUGUCAACGAACCCCAUACCAUGGCAACUCUCAGCAUCAUUGAUCUUGCUGGCAGCGAGCGUGCCAGCGCCACCAAGAAUCGCGGCGAGCGUCUGCUCGAAGGCGCAAACAUCAACAAGUCUCUUUUGGCCCUAGGAAGCUGCAUCAAUGCCUUGUGCGACCCUCGCAAGCGCAACCACGUACCAUAUCGCAACAGCAAACUUACACGACUCCUAAAAUUCUCCCUCGGCGGCAACUGCAAGACAGUGAUGAUUGUGUGCGUCAGUCCUUCAAGUGUUCACUUCGACGAGACACAAAACACCCUUCGAUACGCCAACCGAGCCAAGAAUAUCCAGACCAAGGUGACUCGCAAUGUCUUCAACGUCAACAGGCACGUCAAGGACUUUUUGGUCAAGAUUGAUGAGCAGAUCGCUCUCAUCAACGAGCUCAAGGCCCAACAGAAGGAUGCGGAGAAGACGUUUUACGCAAAAUUCCGCAAACAGCUGGAGAAGCGCGACUCUAUUGCUCGUGAGGGCGUGCAGCGUCUCCGUGUCGCGUACGAAAACUCGGCCAACGAGAGACGAGACAGAAUCAACAACACGAAGAAGCUGAAGGUUUUCGAGCGACGCAUCAGCCUGCUCUCUGCCUGGAUCGCUUCUUUUGACACUAUCUGUGACCAAAGAGGUGACGAGGAUGCGAUGCCCGCGACACUUGUCGCCAUUCGCAAGACUGCGCAAGGAAUCAUGGUAGAGCUGGAGCACAGUCGUCACCACAUCCACCAAAAGCUGGAGAACACCAACUGGGAGCGUGCUAUUGACACGGCUCUUCACCACAGCAUCAAGCAAUUGCCCGGGGGCGAGUCCGAUGCCGCUGAGAUCGAUACUUUGACCCGAGAGGCUGAGCUUCUGAAGGCCAACUUUGGCAGAGAAGCCAGCCAUGAGGUUCUCGAGAUGGACAAGGUUGGCGAUGCUGCCAUGAUGCAAGUUCUUCUGACGGCGCAAUUCGACAUCCUGGCAUCCCUCGAGGACACGCUAGCGAUGAACGAAGAGGAUGCCGUCGCCCACGCCAAGCAAAUCAUCAACCGACUACUAGAGGCCGGCUUCUCGGCCGCAUCUCAUGUUGUCAAGCCUGAUGGUGCCAUGAUCCCCGUCGAGAAGUUCUCACCCAGAAAACAGGGCACACCUAAGCGUAAGAAGGCAGUCGUCAACAACACAUCUCCCAUUCGCCAGCCGGCCUUUGUUCCUCCGUCUGAGCCGGCACCUCAGCCUCAUGCGUCUCCCAUAAAGUUGUCUCCCCGCCGUAGGAAGGCGGCGGCCCCAAGAAGUCCCCGCAAGGGAGUCUCAUUCACGCCAGUAAAGAGAAAGUCGGAAGCCAAGCGAGGUGUUCGCUGGAGGGACGACGAGACCGAGUCGGGACUUGCAGACUUUGAGAAGACGCCCAAGAAAUUCGAGGGAACGCCAGAUCACACGUCACCAGAAAAGGGACUGCGAAUGCCUGCUCUUCCUUCGUACCUGAGGACCGCAUCGCCCAACUCGGCUAACUCGGGCUCUGACGACAGCCCGACUCUGGGACUCCCCGAGUCUUCAUCCAUUCCUCCUGCCAAGCCUAACAGAUUCCAGGCUGGCUUCCUCACCAAGGGCCGCGUCUCGUCGAUUGGCUCUGGAUCACCAACUGUACCAAUUCCCACAAUGUCUUUGCCCCUCGGCUCUUCUCCGUCCUCAGACAACGGAGAUCGAGUGGCUCCUCUGCGCGCACUGGACGUGCAUCGUUCUUCAAACUUGUCGCCUCCGGCUUUCCGCUCUAGAAUCGCGAGAGCCAGCCCUCCUCCGAGAACAUUCUCCGGCAAUCUCUCUGCCGAUGAGAACAACCCCCCCUCACCGCAGGGCCCGUCCGGAUCAGAGUCAGAGUCAUCUAGCAUUGAUCCUAGAAAGAUUCGAUCAGCCUUGCACUCGAUGAAGAAGGUCCGCGGCGAGCACCGACGCGUGUCAUCCAUAGGAGGGACGGCGGCAUCGAAUGCCAGGCGCAUCUCGUCUGUGAACUCUAUCGGCUCUAACCACCGCGCGUCGGCAAGCUUUUCCGGCCCUAUGGCGAGCAGCACAAACGGAAUCUCUCGAUCAAGACGAGCCAGUGCGGAGCGUAGGCUCUCACCGCCCAUGGUCUGCUCACCUCCUGACUUCAGGAAUGACCGAGCAUUCACGGCGGGACAAGCAAGGCGCAUGCACUUGGGAGGCAGCUUGAGGCUGGAGGGAGGUAGCCCACAAGCGCCUCAGCACAGAAUGGCUAGCGCCGACUUCAAGAACCGUCGCAUCACAAUCGGAAGCCUAGCAGCGACCGGUAAGAUCGAAAAGGCACAUGCACCUAGGCCCAGCGUGGCAGGUUGGCGUUGAUUUUCGUUCUUUGGUUUCAGUCAUACCCACUUGGCUUGGUGGUUGUCGCAUAGAGGCGAUGGGGGAGUUAUUGGUUCACCUUCCCUAUUAGAUCCUUGAGGGGGGGGUUUUUUUUUUUCUCUCUCUCGUUGACGGGCGUUGGGCACACUUCGGAUCUUAAUCUCACAAAGUUCUUUUGGGUUGUUUCCAGCCGUUUGGCAGGCCUCGUCGAAGGCCCUUGUAUGGUUGUUGUAUCAAUAGGUCGGGGUAGGGCAUAUAUUCACAGUUCAUCUGAUAAGAAUUCUUCAGCUCAGCAACCCACCCC